ACUCCACUCUGAAUCUCUAAAAGAGAAGUUUCUUAGGUUUAGGGUUCCUCCAAAUCCAGACGGCGAUAAGGGAGAGGGAGGAAGCCGCGUCGUUUCAACAAUGGAGCUGAAAGUAUACAAUUCGAUGACGCAACAGAAGGAGGUCUUCGAGCCGAAAACCCCCGGAAAAGUGGGCAUGUAUGUCUGUGGGGUCACGGCGUACGACCUGAGUCACCUGGGCCACGCUCGUGCCGCCGUCUCCUUCGACAUUCUCUACAGAUACCUACAACACUUAGGCUAUGAAGUUACUUAUGUUCGGAACUUCACAGACGUAGAUGACAAGAUAAUUCGUCGUGCAAAUGAGCUUGGAGAAAAUCCUCUAAGUUUAAGUGAUCGAUAUUGCCAAGAAUAUCUUGUUGACAUGGCUGAUCUACAGUGCCUCCCUCCUACCCAUCAGCCACGAGUGUCCGAUCAUAUGGAACAGAUCAAGGAUAUGAUAACUCAGAUUAUCAACAAUGACUGCGCAUAUGUGGUUGAGGGAGAUGUGUUCUUUGCUGUUGAUAAAUCUACAAAUUAUGGUCAGUUAUCUGGACAAAAGCUUGAACACAAUAGAGCUGGUGAGCGUGUAGCUGUUGACUCUAGAAAGCGUAAUCCUGCCGACUUUGCACUUUGGAAGGCUGCAAAGCCUGGUGAACCAAGUUGGGACAGCCCUUGGGGUCCUGGAAGACCAGGGUGGCACAUAGAAUGCAGUGCCAUGAGUGCUCAUUAUCUGACCUUCAAGUUUGAUAUACAUGGUGGUGGAAUCGAUUUGAUUUUUCCGCAUCAUGAAAAUGAGAUUGCCCAGAGUUGUGCUGCAUGCCAAGAGAGUAGUGUGGGCUACUGGAUGCAUAAUGGGCAUGUAACUAAUAACAAUGAGAAAAUGUCAAAAUCAUUGGGCAAUUUUUUCACAAUUCGCCAGAUCACUGAGCGAUACCAUCCACUGGCAUUGAGACACUUCUUAAUAAGUGCACACUAUCGAUCUCCUCUCAAUUACACAGUCUUGCAGUUGGAAAGUUCAUCUGAUGCGGUUUUUUAUAUAUAUCAGACAUUGCUAGAUUGUGAAGUUGCUUUAUCAUCAGCUCAAGAAGGAAGCCUCAAAGAUGAAAUAGAAAAGAAAGGUGGCAAAGUAGCCCCGAUUACUAAAUCUGCUGAAGACUGCAUCAGUAAGCUACGUAGUGAAUUCCAGACUAGAAUGUCGGAUGACUUGAAUACAUCACCUAUAUUGACUGGUGCCUUCCAAGAUGCCUUGAAAUUCAUAAAUAGUUCUUUGAACUUGUUGAAGAAGAAGCAACCCAAAAAACAACAGUUAUCCAUGUUUCAGUCCCUUGUUGAAGUGGAGAGAGAGGUCAAGGAUGUCCUUGGUAUUCUGGGAUUGCUGCCGCCAGGAACUUACUCUGAGGUUUUAGAGCAGUUAAAAGAGAAGGCAUUGAAGAGAGCGGGAUUAGUGGAAGAUGAUGUCUUACGUCUGAUUGAGGAAAGAGUGACUGCUAGGAAAAAUAAAGAGUUCUCUAAGAGUGAUCAGAUCAGGGCUGAUUUGACUACAAAAGGCAUUGCACUCAUGGAUAUUGGUAAGGAAACAAUUUGGAGACCUUGUGUCCCAGUUGAACCAGAGCCAGAAGCACCCCCAGCUGAGAAAGAGCAGAAGGCCGCCACAACAGCAGCAACUGGAGAAGAACAAAGGCUUGAUGAUGAACCUUGGACAGCUUUUACACAUGGCCCCAGUUAAUUUUUCAAGCGGUGACUGGUACAGUUAAAAUUACCGACUAAUUUAAGAAAAUACGUACAAUAUUUAAUUCACAUGUCAAGUUAUGUUGUAACAUUUUGAUGAUUUUCCCUUGUUAUGACUUAUGACCCCGUGAAGCUACAAGUAAGCGUACUGGGCCUUACUUUUACUGGUACUGGCAUCACCAAACAGCCUGUGAGCAGAAACUUUAUAUUUAUACAUGUCAAAUUAUUUUUAUUA